AUGGCGAGCGACACAACAUCCGAGGACCUACAGCUGGCGGCUGCUGCUGCUGGAUUUUCACUUGGCUUUGGGUUCUUGACUGUGGUCCGCGCAUGCAAGCAGACCAGAGCGAACAGGGCUCCCGCCCGAAAUGUCGUGAAGACUACCCUGUGGUUCAACGACUGGAUCGAUCGUCGCAAAAUCUCGUCAAGCGGUAUUCCCUAUCUUGCAGCAUUGACUGACGAUAGCUACAGUCCAGUCUUACUCUUCUUCAUCCUCAUCUUCUACGCGCUCGAAAUACAACUCCUAAUGCAAAUUAUCAUUAAUCGAAUCGCUGUCAUCGCAGAACGAAGACCUACCGCGACAAAACUCAAAAUCGCAACUGCGGUCAUAAUCUCAUGCAUCAACAUCGCCGUCUUUUGCAUCUUCAUUCCAUCACACAUGAUGCCACCCGCAAACCAAACCUUUGUCAAUAUCAACAAAUAUUGGGAUCGUCUUUCGAAAGUCUUGAUUAUGCUUGUGGACGCUUUCUUGAAUUGGUACUUUGUCUAUGUCGUGCGGGCACGCCUUGUUAAGUACCAUGGCCUCAGAAAAUACAAGCCCUUGAUCGGGUAUUACACUCGUUUGGGUCUGGUAUCGGUCGCCAUGGAUAUCAUGCUCAUCGGACUUAUGUCCUUGAGAAACCAUACCCUUUUCGUGCAAUUUCACCCUGUUGCAUAUAUGGCAAAGCUCAAUAUCGAGAUGUCUAUGGCAGACAUGAUAGUCAAAGUGGCCCGAACAUCCGAAAACGACGUCAAGCCAAAAUCGUCUUCCCAUGGACCUUUUCCAGAACAGUCAAGACAAUACCAUACACGCACCCUUCACGGCGACGACGAUAUCAACAUUGGACCCCAGAACACCGCAGUAAUCGGUCAUUCCCAACUCGACAACGCACAACGAGAAGACAUCAAAGGCAUAUCUCGCCAUAGAGAAGUGCAAGUCUAUGUCGGAGACGCGGACAGCGAUUUCCAUACCGAUAGUAUUGAAAACGGCGAAGAGCAGGGUAGGAGUAGAGGGGACUCAUAUGAAUCGCAGGUUCGGUUGAAAGAUCUUGGAAGGUCAACAGAGGAGGCGCGAUGA